AAGAAAGUCUGCGUGAAGACAUUUGUGAGAGCCACAAGUGGCCCGGGAGCCCAGGGUCCAGGAAAGCAGAAACUCCAGCUCUCGUGCUGUUUCCUGGCAGUCGGCAGUGACACAGGAUUGCUGGUCCCUGUGUGGAUUUGUCUUUUAGAGAAGUUUGCUUUUGUCCGGGAUAGUUUGCUGUCGUGGGCUACAUCUAAGACAAUUAUAAUCAUGGGGCAAGCUGAUGUCUCCAGACCGGUAAAUCCAGAUGCAGUCGAAGAAGCAGAGCAGCCCUCUGGAGACCCAGACAUGGUCAUGGGCAGUGUGGAAGCAGGAGAUACAACACCUCCCACCAAAAGAAAAAGCAAGUUCUCAGGUUUUGGCAAGAUCUUCAAGCCAUGGAAAUGGAGGAAAAAAAAAAGUAGUGAUAAAUUUAAAGAGACAUCAGAAGUUUUAGAGCGAAAAAUAUCUAUGCGAAAACCAAGAGAAGAGCUGGUUAAAAGAGGGGUUCUGUUGGAAGACCCUGAGCAGGGUUAUGAGGAUGCAGGAAAACUGAGCCAUGCCACAUUAAAGAAUGGCCACACAACCCCCAUAGGAAGUGCCAGGUCGUCUAGUCCAGUCCUAGUGGAAGAAGAGCCAGUGAGAGUAUCAAGUCUUCGAAAUCUUAUUCCAGAAGAGGAUCCAAAGAAGAGACUAGGCUCAACAGGAAGCCAGCCCAACUCUGAAGCCGAGUCUGCUCCUGAGCAUGCACCUAAGCAGCCUCUGGUCCCUCCAAGCAGAUCCUCGUCCUCUUCUUCUGAAGCAAGUGAAGGGCAAGCGAAGGACACCAUGCCUGGCAGUGCAGCGAGGUCCCUGUCCUCCAUUUCUGGCUCUACCCCCACCGCACCUGGUGUCCCCACUGCUGCCACAAACGUGGCAAAGACUGCUAAUUCCUUUGUCAGCCCUACCCCAGCCCCCAGGACUCUGCCUGCUGCUCCUGCCAGCACUAACACUGCUGUCACUCAAACAGCCCCUGCCAAGCAACCCCCAGUCCCACCCCCUAAACCAGCUCACAGAAACAGCAACCCUGUCAUUGGUGGUGCUGGUGAGGAAGGCAUAGAGACAGGUCUGCUGAGGAGGCCCAGUGUUAAAGCUGAACUGUCCCAAGCAAUGAAUAGUGGUUCACUGUUGCAGAAACCAUCCCCACCCUUACCACCCAAGAGAGGCAUUCCGUCAGCCUUGGGACCCACCUCAGAGCCUGCUGCUUCACCCACAACAAAAACAGCAAGUGAUCAAAGAGAAAAAACUGUCUCUGUGUGGGAACCACCGCUGAUGAUCCCGCCAUCCUCCCCAUCGCCCCCGCUGCCUACCCACAUACCUCCAGAGCCACCACGGUCCCCAUCGUUCCCUGCUAAGACUUUUCAAAUUGUGUCAGAAGUUGAGUUUUCCCCUCCUUUAGAUCUAUCCCAGGACCUUUCCCAGCAGGAAGAUCAGAAAAAGGAAGUCCCCAAGAAGAUACAGGACCAGAGUUUUGGGGAACCCCAUAUACCCUCCAGGCUGCCCCCACUCCCGCUGCAUAUCCGAAUUCAGCAGGCCCUUACUAGCCCCCUUCCUGUGACUCCUCCCUUGGAAGGCGCUCACAGAGCUCAUUCCCUGCUGUUUGAGAGCAGUGACGGCUUCUCUGAGGACAGUGGUACCCUGGGGCGGACCAGGUCACUUCCCAUCACCAUUGAGAUGCUUAAAGUUCCAGAUGAUGAUGAAGAAGAGCAGACCUGCCCACUGGCAUUUGCUGAAGAUAUGACACCUGCCUCUGGCACUCCUAAACUACCACCGUGUCUGCAAGAGGAAGGGAAGGAGAGUGACUCCGAUUCAGAGGGCCCUAUUCAGUAUCGAGAUGAAGAAGAUGAAGAUGAUGAAGAUGAAAGCCAUCAGAGUGCUCUGGCCAACAGAGUGAAGAGGAAAGACACGCUGGCAAUGAAGCUGAGCAGCAGACCCAGUGAACCAGAGUUGAACCUGAAUUCCUGGCCUCGUAAAAGCAAGGAGGAGUGGAAUGAAAUACGGCACCAGAUUGGGAACACGCUGAUCCGGCGACUGAGUCAAAGACCGACCGCAGAGGAGCUGGAGCAGCGGAACAUACUACAGCCUAAAAAUGAAGCUGACCGGCAAGCAGAGAAGCGGGAGAUUAAACGUCGACUCACUAGAAAGCUCAGUCAAAGGCCGACUGUGGCUGAACUACUUGCCAGGAAGAUCCUGCGGUUUAAUGAGUAUGUGGAAGUUACAGAUGCUCAGGAUUAUGACCGGCGAGCAGAUAAGCCAUGGACCAAACUGACUCCUGCUGACAAGGCUGCCAUAAGAAAAGAAUUAAAUGAAUUUAAAAGCUCAGAGAUGGAGGUUCAUGAAGACAGCAAACAUUUUACACGCUACCAUCGCCCGUGAUGCUGAUCGUGAAAAGGGGACUAAAGGACCAUGGGAAAGCAGAGCUGUUGUGUUGCUUGUCUCCAGGGCAACUAUAGCACUUCCCACACCACAGCCAGAGCUGCUCUGGGAUCUGGUUCAGAGCUGAACAGCACUUCUGUGAAUGUAGCCUUCCACUGUAACGGAUUCUCCUGGGCUGCCAUUGGAGAGACAUGAGACAGCUGAUGCUUUUGAACCUCCUCACAACACUGCAGAGGACUUGAGGGCUUUCCUCUCGCCAGCCACCUGAGCUCGGGCCCUUGAAGGCUCCGAGUCUAACUGGCGGUAGCACACACCCUGUCCCGAGACAACUGCCUGUGCUGAGGCAGUUUGUGCCAUUAGCCUUAACCGCCUCCCUGUUUGUGUGACCCACUCAUGUAGGCGUUAAACCUCUUGCCAGAACAACCCUGGAGGCUCUACCAUGCUAUCUAGCAAAUGGGCCCCCACUCCUGAAUGCUUAGACGUCCCUGGUGUGGCAGUAGAAAGAUUACACUGUCCCUUCUAGAUGACCAGUGAGGCCCCCAGGAAGCUUGGUGUCUGAGCUGUCCCUCCUUUGACACCUGUCAUCCCAGCUCCUUUGUUUAGAGGCAAGAUCUGAAACUGGCUCAGGCUAGCCUGUACCUCGCUGUGUAGGCCAGGCUGGCCUCAAACAUUGUCUCAGCCUCUCAGGUGCUGGGAUUAUAAGCAUGAACCAUCAUGCUUGGCUCUCAUCCUGGUCCUUAUUUUAAAGUUAUCCUAAAGAAAUAAUGGAAAUCUAUCUGUUAAACAGUCUGAACUGUAAUCAAGCUGUUCAAUGAGUGUCAAGUAUAGUUUCUAUACAAACCAAGAAAAAGGCCUUAAUAUUAAUGCCAGUUUGGCAGAGCCCAACUCAUGGGUUAGACUCCUUAGACUAAGUAUACAUUCCUUGUACCAAAUGAUAUCGUUAGUCACUUCAGCCAGUGGGUGGGGGCACUGUGUGCUGCUGGCCCUCCGUACUGCACAGUGCCUCUUUACUCCAGUAGCCGCUGCUUCUCUCCGGCAGCCUUCACCUCACUUGCCUGUCCAUGCUGUAGCCAGUGUGGUUGGUGCCUCAGUUUUUAGAUCAGGCCCUCCCAAUUUGUAUUUGUGAUGUAAAUGUGAUUUCCCAAAGCGAAUCUGGUCUGUGCCUCAGAGUUUUCUCUUGAAGCCCAUACAGCCUCACCUCUCCCUCCCAAUUGCUCUUCACGUUCUAGGUGGAAAAGAAACACAUCCCAGUUUUUCUUCUUUCUUCUUUUAGUCUGCAACUCUGUAGCUCAGCCAGCCUUUGACUUGAGGUCUCCCUCCCGCCUUCCCGCCCGGGAUCGUAGGAUCAUAGGCGUCCACAGGCACAGCUGGCUCCUCCUCACCCACCAUUUAGUAAAUUGUGAGUUUCGAGUGCUUCCUCUCCAUUCCUCUUUCUGUUUGUGUUCCUUCAGCAGUGUUCUCCUUGUUAACACCGCACUUGCGGAAGAUUUAGAAUAUAGGGCAAACAAAAGCUAAAGUGACCUUAAAAUAGGACUUCCUUCUCUCCGGAGGAAAAGGUGGUUUUGUUUUUCCUGUGACUACCAGGUAGUUUCCGGUUAUGGAAACAGGACUGGCUCCCCACUUCCCCACCUCUUCCCCACCCCUCCCCACCACCUCACCCUCCACCUCCUCCCCACCUUCUCAAAGCUCUUGGGCUAAGGAGGGGAAGACCAAUGACAGUUGUAAGUCUAGACACAAGGUUGCCGUAAUUGCUGACCUGAUCAUUCAGCAUCCUCUUUUGUGAUUGUAUUUUGUUCAGUGUGCUCAAGAUGGAAUCCAAGUUCUCACAAGCUAGGCCAGUUCUCUCUGCCACUGAGCUGUCCUCAGCCCUGAUCCCAACCACACUUGCUUUCCUGUUGGUUUUACAGACUGCAUAUGCCUUCACUGUCUGUGGCUGAGGUGACAUUUUCUCUUCUGUUUUAUUAGCUAUGGUCUCAUGUAGCCCAGGCUGGCCCCAAACUCACUAUAUAGCCAAGGAAGACCUCCACCUUCUGAUGGUCCUGCCUCCACCUCGCAAGCGCCAUGCCUGUCAGCAAAACAACCUUUCAGUCGUCCUCCACCGCUGCUCUCCCUCACUGUGCCAAGCCUGAGCUACCCGUCUGCUCCUGGGCCACCAGCGCUCGGAUUCACUCUUCAUCUCGUUUGUUAGGGCAGCAUCUAGUCAGUGGUUCUGUUUUAGUGUAUAUAAGAGCUGACUUUGUGUUUUCUCUCUGUAAUUUGAAGUCACAGUUGUAAAGCCUAGCAUAUUGUAACGUCAGAAUGUCCCCUAAUGUACAGAAUCAUGUAAAAUAAAUAAUUACAUUGUA